GAAAAACUUUAGUUUGUGAUUUAAAUGUUUUUGUUUUGUUUUUAACUCAUUUAUAUUUUCAGCUUGGCACUGAACUGAAAUAUUUCAUUUUGACCAAAGGAUUUUCUUUAGACGGCACGGUGGCCGACUGGUUACAGCGUCAGCCUCACAGUUCUGAGGACCGGGGUUCAAUCCCCGGCCCCGUGCCUGCGUGGCUUUUCUCCGGGCACUCCGCUUUCCUCCCACAUCCCAAAAAACAUGCAUUCAUUGGAGACUCUAAAUUGCCCGUAGGCGUGAAUGUGAGAGCGAAUGGUUGUUUGUUUCUAUGUACCCUGCGAUUGGCUGGCGACCAGUUCGGGGUGUACCCCGCCUCUCCUGCCCGAUGACAGCUGGGAUAGGCCCCGCGGGGCACGCCCGCGACCCGCGUGAGGAGAAGCGCGACAGAAAAUGGAUGGAUUUUCUUGAAUGAAAUAUGAUUUGCGCAUACAUUGCAGACUUGGAAGGAAGGAAGGAAGGAGCGAUGUUGACAUUGGUAGGAAAAAUUCAGAAUCUUUGCAUUUUGGUCAUUUCUAUUUUGAAAGUGGCACUAAACAGGCCCAAAAAAUGGCAUGCAAAUUUGACACACCAAAGAGAAGUGGAAUGUUAACAAACCUGCCAAAUUUGCCAAAUCCCUUUAGUAUGUAAAGUCCGGUUUCAAAACUUGAAAAAUAAGGGCCACCUCUCAGACGCCGUCAUGCCCCAAAAGGAAUCAAACAUAUGUCAAAUCACGAUUUCAAGCCACUUUGUAUGUUGACAAUUUGACAAAAGGUUCUGCCCAGAAAACAAUGUAAACGUGAGAGCAAAACCUCGACUUGACAUGGUAGAAAAAUGCUUCUUAUCGGUUGCGACGGAACUGUGACGUUUAAGCCAUUUUCCGAUUUGUCCAUUUUCAGGCUCAAAUUGAGAGCAACUGCAUCCCCACAAUGACUUCACACUUCAAAACAAGAUAAAUAAUAGUGAAUUCAGGAUAUACAACUUUCUAUCAAGGAGGAAUUCUAUGAAGGUGUGAUUUUUUUUCUUUUCUUUUUUUUGGAACGCCGAAAUCCCAAUCCCAGAAAAUCUCAGCCAAAGUGAAAAAAAGGUUCAAAAGGAGGUGGUGAAGGGAUCAUUUGUCUGACAAUGAGAACAAGCGAUUUUGGUGGACCUCUGCUAAAUUCACGUAGCCUAUUUAUUUCCAGGUACAAAAAGAAACGCGAAGGACACGGCGGCCGUUCUUCGGGAUUUCGUCACGCAUGCGAGUGGAGUUCCCACGACAUUGUUGGCCUUAUCGUUCCCAGUAUACUGAAUAUGCCAACGGCAUAUCAUCGACCUCGCACCUCAGAGUCAAAGAGCGAUAUGAUCAACUUUUCGACAAUUCCCACGACGUCCUGGCUGGCCGGCGGACUUUUGGUGGCCUGCCAGCGGUGGUGACGAGCAACCCAGGGCAAACGCUUCUUUCCUCCAUUUUGCAGGCAUCUCUACUUAACGCUAGCAGCACUUUGACUCCCUCCGAGGUGGAAAAGCGCCACACAAGUCAAAGCUCAGUUAGCAUUUGCUUGAGUGUUUAGUUUUCUGACGUUUUACUUUCACUCCCUAGAUUUGAAAAGAUUUGUGUGGUGUGCGUAUGUUUCGUCAUUGUCUCGUAACGUGUGCUUAAAUUGGAGUUUGUCGCACGCACACACACACACACACAGAGCACAUGUGUUUUCUCUACUCCUUACUUUGUCAUAGUUAAUUAUUUUUUUUAAAGAUAAACAACCUGCAAGAAAUUUUGGGCAAAUCCCAAUCUGUCCAUCCAGCAAUCCCUUUUCUAUCACGCUUAUCCUCACCAGGGUCGCAGGUGUUCCUAUUCCAGAUGAUUUCGGGCGAGAGUUGGGGUACACCCUGAAUUGGUCGCCAGCCAAUCACUUUUUUUUCCUUUUUUCAUUGUCGCUAAAUCGUGACCCACUUUUAUAGCAUUUAAGAACACGCGUGUAUAAAUGCGCCCCAGCUCAGACUCCUUCACACCUGCCGUUCACACUCGAAGAUCAAGAUUGAAAUCAAAGUGAAGAUGAUGAUAAUCGUGAUGAUGAUGAUGCUUGUCAUGGGAUCGUCAGGGGGUCCCAGAGGAGAAGAAAUUGCAGCGACCACAGCAUGACAGUGACCGAGCGCCCGCAGCACUUUCUGACUCCACCCAUGCAGACAUCUAUGGCUUUCAUCCAAUCUUUUUUCUGUAGCACUUACUAUCCUCAUUCGGGUCACGGGUGAGCCGGAGCCAAUCUUGGCGCUGUCUGUCCGCCGACAAAAUGAGAAUCCUGCCUAAAACCCGCUCCUGGGACUGACGACGAGGCCUGGGUUGACUGGACCAAGAGCCACUGGUUCUCGGUCUACCGGGUCUGGGUCCACCAUCUAGAAAGACGGCCCCGCAUAAAUGGGCACGAUGAGAAGCGGGCCAAUUGGACCGUCUGCUACCGGAACUCGGCCUCCGAAGCCUCCGAAGGGGUAGUAAAAGACAGAUAGGGCUGGUGAUGGACGUUCAACCCGUCGAAGCUUCUCGCAGAGGAUCUGAAUAAUAUUGGACUGUAACAAGUGGGAUGCUCCCGGUGAGACGGUGAUGACGUGUACCGCGACGCCAUCAGAGUCCCCCCAACCCACCUCCGAUCCAUCCGCUCGCUCCUCUUCCUCCUCUUCCUCUUGCAUCCAGCAGCACCGCGACGCUCUCGGGCCGGCACGAGUGCACCGAAGGCGGCCGCCGUCGUCGUGUCCGUGCUGUCAACUGUUGAUUCCUGGCCGACGUCAAUGACUCUUGGACGGUUUAUGAACAAGCGUGUUCCUUCUAACAAGAGAUACCAGCCCACAGACUACGAGCACGCAGCCAAUUGCGCCACACAUGCGUUAUGGAUCAUCCCGAGCCUGCUGGGCAGCUCGCUGCUGCACUGCCAGUCGGAGGACCAAUGGGAGCGAGUGUCGGCCUGGGUGUACGGCGCCGGGCUAAGCUCGCUCUUCACAGUCUCCACACUCUUCCACACCGUGGCCUGGAAGAAGAGCCACCUACGGGAUGUGGAGCACUGUUUCCACAUGUGUGACCGGAUGGUGAUCUACUUCUUCAUCGCCGCCUCUUACGCACCUUGGCUGAACCUGAGGGAACUCGGACCCUGGGCGAGCCACAUGCGCUGGCUGGUGUGGGUCAUGGCGCUGUCGGGGACCGCCUACGUCUUCUUCUUCCACGAGAGGUACAAGAUGGUGGAGCUGAUCUGCUACACUGUGAUGGGCCUCUUCCCCGCCUUGGUCAUCCUCUCCAUGCCGGAACAGGCGGGCUUGUGCGAGCUGCUGCUGGGUGGCACCUUCUACUGUCUGGGCAUGGUGUUCUUCAAGAGUGACGGCAUCGUGCCUUUCGCCCACGCCAUCUGGCAUCUCUUUGUGGCCACCGGUGCCGCGGUGCACUACUUCGCCAUCUGGAAGUACCUCUACGCGAUGCCCGCCAACCCGGUCCAAACCUCCAGAUGACAACGCCCCCCUCAGCCACCGCUAGGGAACAUUCCGGUCCAUUCCCAAGUCACUGCGCUUUGUCCUCUGGGAGAAGCUGCAUGUCACAUUCAGUGUCUUUUGUGUCAAUUGUUUACAAUGUGCUGGAGUAGCAGGCGCUGCUCAACUGGUUGCACCAUGAGGUUAUUGAUUGAUUGAUUGAUUGAUUUAUGUAUUUAUGUUGUGUAUUAUUUCUAGCGUUUCUUCCCCCCCCUACGGUGCAAUGUGGCCGGCCGGUAUUCAUGACGAACUUGCAAGGAGCAAUGGGGUUACAGUAAUUGUAUGAAACCUCUACACAACAAUGUGUGACUGAUUUCAUUAUUUCUUUUACAAUGUGAUUAUUUAUUUAUUUCUAUUGUGCAAGGUGGCCAGUAAUCAUAGAGAACGUAAACGAUUGCAAUUACAGUACUGGUGAGAAAGGUCUCCGUGUGACCAUUCAUGCCGUGGACUUGUUUUUUUUAUUUUUUACCCAGUGGAUUAUUUCUAGUCAUUCACGAUUUCUAUUGGCGGUAUUCAUGAUUGCCUUCCGAGAAACAAUUGCAUUACAAUUGUAUGACACAUCUGCACGACAAUGUGUUACUGAUUUCUUUUUUACUCUGUAAAUUAUUUCUAAUUGUUGACUUUGUUUCUAUUGUGCAAAGUCACAGUUAUCAUGACUAACUGGCGAGGAACGAUGGCUUUACAGUAAUUGUGUGACAUGUCUACAAAACAGUGCGUCACAGAAUUCUUUUCGGAAUUUUGUGGAUUAUUUCAGUCAUUUGUAUUGCGCAAGGUCGCAGAUAUCGUGACCGACUGGCGAUUGCAUGACAGUCAUCGUGGGACACUUCUCCGUGGGGAUGCGUUGCCAACAUUUUUCACUCUGGAUUAUUUUGUAGUUGUUCACUUCAUUUCUAUUGUGAAGAACGAUUGCUCUGCAGUUAUUGUAUGUGAUCGAUUGUAUUUAUUUUUUUACCAUGUGCAUUAGUUGUAGCGGUUCACUUUAUUUCGAUUGUUUAAGGUGGCUGUCAUCAUCAAUAACUGGCCAGUAACGAUCGCAUUACAGCAAUUGCUUGACACGUUUCUAAAAUGGUGCGUGACAAAGAAUGUUUUCCUUCCUCUGUGGAUGAUUUUCAUUUUCAUUGUGCAAGAUGGCGGUUAUCAUGAAUUGCGGGUUAGAGAAGCCAUUUUAUGAAUUAUAUGACGUGUCUGUGCGUAACCCAAGGGGCCAUGGCCUUUUUUGGGACUCUGUAGAUUAUUUCGAGUUGUCCAGUUUACUUCCAUUGUGCAAGGUGCCGGUCACUGGCAAUUGUACGCCACGUCGAUGUCUGGCUGGCUGAGAGCGCCAAGGAGUGUUUUUUGACUGUGGGUUAUUUCUUGUCGUUCUGUUGAUUUCUAUUGUGCAAGGCGGUGAGUAAUCAUGAAUAACUCAAACGAUUGCAACAAUAGUAAUUGUGCGACAUGUCUGCAUCGGGCCGAUCGGCCGUAAACUUCAAUGAUUAUUAUUAUGAGUUUACUCUGGAUUAUUUCUAUUGUGCAAAAUGGCCUUCAAAUGAGCACGGCCGCAACCCACCGGUUGAGAACCGCCGUGCUAUAGUGUCACCGCUGUGUUUUUCUUGAGCCACUAUUGCGUCUUACUUUUUGGGUUUGGUUUUGUUUUGUUUUUUGCAGUGAUUUUAGUUUUCAUGAGAUUGGUUUUAAUAUUUAAUGCUCAACUUUCUUCUUCUUAUUAUAAUAUAUAAUUAUUCUGUUUAUAUUCCGAGAGAAGUUUUCACCAGUGUGCUUCCAUUUGAAAUUGACAAUGUAACACUAUGUAAAGUUUCAUGCAAUAUAUAUUUCCGUGUUUAUCAUGUUGCAAAUGGACACUGCCAGAUGUUUGUUUCUUUAGAAUUUUUUUACCGCCGCAAGCGAUGAAAACUUUUGGAACACCUUCAACGCGUCGACAGAAACCUUCAACGCUAAACGUGACCUUUGUACGGCCUUGGUACGGUGCGAUGACGUCGUCAGCCUUGGAAGGAGCCUUUGAAUGGGGACUUUUAUGCUGUGCCUUCAAAAGCAGCCUCUGACGUCUUGGAUUUGGGUUAUUUGGCCUACAUGAAUGACAUCUUCGGUCAUCAAAUGCAGCCUUUGAAGGAGGCAUUUAGGAGAUUUGUUUGUGUCGUAAGCAUGAAUUUGGUCCCUCGAUGGCCUCCGAAGGAUGCAUUUGAUGUCAUCGGCCUUCAAAUGCAGCCUCCAAAGGAUGCGUUGGAUUUGGGACGUUUGUGGCCUCGGACGGACGCAUUUGAAGCCUUUUAUUUGGAUGAUGUAAUUGACCUUCGAAAUGUAGCCUCUCGAGAAUCUUUUGGCAUGAUCAUCGCGUCAUCCGCCUUCAAUUGCAUCCUUCGACUGACACACUUGAUUUAAUAUGUUAUGUCUAUGGCCGUCACUGGCCUUCAAGUGCAGCCUCAGAAGAAUGCCUUUGAUUGGGGAUGUUUGUGGCGCGCUCUAACAACGCUGUCAUUCAAGUGCACAUUUGGAGAAAAUUGUUGGGCUUCAAAUUGAGCCUCUGAAGGAUAUUUCGAUUUGGGUCAUUUAUGCUGCUUUAGCAUGUGCGCGAGGGAUGCUUUCGAUUUGUAAUGUUUGCGCCGUGCCCGUCGUCGGCCGUCUAGCGUCGCCUUUGAUUUGGACGACGUCAUCGGCCUUCGAACGUCAUCUCCGAAGGAGCCUUUGAUUUGGCAAGUUUGCGCUGCAUUUUCCGUCAUCCGCCUUCAACUGCGGCCUUGGUAGGACGCGUGUAAAAGAAGCCUCUGAUCAUCGACCUUCAAAUGCGACCUUUGAAGGAGCCCGUGAUUUGGACUGUUCGAGUCAAAACACAGCGCAGAUGUCAUUCAUGGGCCUUCAAAUGUGUUUCGAAGGCUGCAUUUGACAGCCGACGAUGUCGUUGCUCGCAAGCUUGCUUCGUAGGACGGAUGUUUCCUUGAGGUGUUCUAAUAGCUUCAACAUGGGGCUUCCCUGCCGAAUGUGAAAGCCAAGCGAAUCUCCAUGCAGUGUAUGCAGUAGGCGCUGUUGAACAAAAUCUCUAUGAUGGCAUCUCAGGUGUGUGCGUGUUAAACCAUCCCACUCGUGAAUCCAAAGCCUCUGGUCUAUGUUUACAUGGAAAGCAUGACUUCUCAACGAAAACUAUACACACACACACACACACACGUAUAUGUGCUCGUGUGUGUGUACAUAUGUCAGUGUUGUAUUACUACAUACUUGGACAAGUCUGGGGAAAUAUCUGCUUCCCUUUAACACCACAUUCCCUCCCUUUAACGCCUCAAAACCCAGGGUUUAGGGAUUUGGGAUUAAGGUUGGGGGUUUGUGGUUUGGUCAACUCCAGACAGGGUUAGGGGGGCGGGGCUCGAUUUAGGGUUAGGCUUCGGUCAUUUGGCUUGUUUCGGUACACAAACCGAAUCAUUCGACACUAUAGAGGACGCUCAUGUAUUUAUAAAGAAAAAACAUAUUUUGGGCCGACAAAUAAGACUUGAAAAAAUCUUCUUUUUGUUGACUUGUUUGAGAUUUUUCACUUGAGUUUCAUUCUUAUUACAAUGUGUAAAAAUGGCAGUUGGCCAGGGAAGCGCUUCUGCGUCACAUUAAGAAAACAGUACUUCUUUGUCAAGACAGGCUAUUUGUCUUGAUGUGUUCUCCGUGUAACGCCACAACUCCUCGUGUGGCUUUCGCACGACUCCACAACUCCUCGUGUGGCUUUCGCACGACUCCACAACUCCUUUUACUGUUCUACCAGACAUUUUUGUUUGACCUCUGUUGUGUGUGUUUGUGAAGCUGCUGACUUCUUUUUUCUAAAUUUCUCGUGUCUGUGUGUUGCUUCUGUGCUGUGACAGGCCAACAUGAUGCUUUUAUCUUUUCUAUCUUGUAAUAAAAAAACAAAAGGAGCUUUUGCACACA